GGGGGAAAUCGCUCGUGAUGGUCGGAGAUUAUCCAACACGGGCCAAUCACCACCGCUUGUGUGUUGGUUUCGUUUUUCCCCCACGAAUUACUACUAAGGUAGUACUAAGUAAGUACUCACUUCGUCCCCCCCGUAUUUUCAUUCUUUGGUCCAGUCAAUCAAUCCCUAAUUACGGCAUGGAAAUCUCGUUGAUUUACCUUCUAGUAGUACUGCUUGCGAGGAAAGGUUGCAUGCCUCCCCCAGGGGUAAGCACAAGAUGUUCAUGUGAAAAUGGACAGACAACGCUAGCACAUCUGAAAAAGGAAGGUCUUAGAUAAUUAAGUAGUUGUACUAGUUAGCUGUAGGUAGUGCUGUUGUCACUCUUUAUCAGGAAUUGAAACAUGAAUUGAUUAACGCCAACGAGUUGAUCCAAUCACCUACAGGUAGGGCUUUUCCUACAGUAGUGGCAUGCAGCAUGUCUCGAUGGCACACAUUGACAGCAAGGAACCGCCCUUUCAUGUCACCCUUCAUUACGACACUGUACAUGAAACAAACAGAGAAAGAGAGAGAGAGGGAGGGAGAGCUAUCUGUUCUAUCCACCCUAGAGGAAUCGAAAGGCCCUAAGCUCACCAUAGGUGCCUGGUUCUACCCCAGUGCGCCAUCCUUUCACUCUACUUGUGGGGUACCGAGCUCUUUCCUCCGAUUCUCGCAGCUCCCCGACCUCUUCUCAAGCCACAAAUAGCCUUUGGCAAUACGUACACAGGUAGUCUGCUGGUCCCUCCAUACUCCACUUGGGCACCAGCUAGAUAAUACUAACCCGCCUGGGGAGCGAGCUCACAGG